AUGCCCCACUCACAAUCUUCCAGACGGUUGGAUCAUGAAAGCUCCUUCUCAUCUUCUUCGGAACAAUACCACUCCGCGAUCCUUUUUCCCGACGACUACUCGGAUAUUUACGACGAGUCAUCGUCGUCAUUACCACCCACCGCCACAACCAGCACCUACCCUUUCCUCGUCUCCAACUCUCAACUUCAUCCUCCUGCUCCUACCUCCAGCACCGCCGCUUCUAUUUCCUUCUCCCACCCCCAACUCCAUUACUACGAUUCCCCAUUCGACUGCUUCAGCUCCCUCGUCUCCUCCUUGAGGCGCAAGUACUGGCGCUCCUUAAAGCUCUCUGUCCGCCACUUCUCUGCACCUUCCGAUCAUCCUCACAUGGCGGCAUUAGAUGCUAGGAGGAAGAAGGCUACAACUACGCAGCAAAAGAGAGGAGAACUUGAAGGAGAGAUGAAAGAUCUCUUGAUAGAGUUAUCUAUGGUUGAAGGUGAGAUUGCUCGACUUGAAGGCCAAAUAAGCCACCUCCAAGAUGGCUUGAAGAAAGAACAGGAAAUCACUAGGGAAUCAAAAUCCAAGCAAUGGAAACAAGGUUUUUUGAGUAGCCCCAAUGGCUAUUUUUCUGUUCCAUCGGAUCCACUACCCAUAGCAGCCAAAGGGACAGUUCAAGAAAGGAUGGGAUUUGAGACCAAGGCAUUGCAUUUCAUAAGCAAAGCCAUCAAAGGAGAUUACCACCUCAAUGACUUCAGCACUAAUGAGAAAAUUGGGAGCUUGAGAUCAUUUCAUGAUAAGAAGGAAGACCAUUUCCUGGGGGAAGCUGGAUUUUCUGAGAAAAUUCCAAGAAAAAGUGGGUUAUUGAAGCCAGCCUCACCCGUGCUAGAUCCAAGACAUCCAACACCAAAGGUAGUGGAUCUCGAAACAAAUUUUCCUUCUCGUUCAAUUCCACCGCCAGAAGAGGAAAGCAUUAAAAAAUGGCAGCCAAACAAGCUCUCUGAGAGUAUCAUGAAGUGUUUGAUGUUCAUUUUUGUGAGACUAACUAGAACAUCGAGAGCAAUGGAGCUAGAGAGAUCGAAUCCCAUUUUGAGGUCUUCUUUUUCUUUUUUGAGCUCAAUAAGCUUCAGGGCAGAUGCUGCAAACUCCAAGUCUAGCCUUAUUUUACAGAAGGAAACAAGGCAGCAAGAUCCGUAUGGUAUUUUUGAGCCUGAGGAGUCUAUUUCUAGAGACAUUGGUCCUUACAGGAACUUACUCAUGUUCACAGCCAGCUCUUUAGACCCAAAAUGCAUCUCAAAUUCUAGCUCUAUUCCUUUAUUAGAGAAGUUAAGGACCCUAAUGAACAAUCUCCAGAAGGUGGACUUGAGAUUCUUGACUUACCAAGAGAAGCUAGCAUUCUGGAUCAACAUGUACAAUGCUUGCAUUAUGCAUGGAUUUCUCCACUAUGGAGUGCCUUCAAGCCCUGAAAUAUUGCUUAGACUGUUGAACAAGGCAACCCUAAACAUUGGAGGAAACAUGAUAAAUGCGCAAGCAAUAGAGCAUUUUAUUUUAAGGAAACCAACAUCUUCAAUCAUGAGGGAGAAUGGCGAAAAGGAUGAAAAGGAAACAAUCGUUCGCAACCUUUAUGGCCUUGAGUCAUUCGAUGCCAAUGUCACUUUUGCUCUGUGUUGUGGAACUCGAUCUUCUCCUGCAGUGAGAAUAUACACAGCUGAAAGUGUCGUAGCUGAGUUGGAGAAAUCAAAGUUGGAAUACAUGCAAGCUUCCAUUGUUGUGACCAGCACAAAGAAGGUUGCAUUUCCAGAGUUGCUCCUAGGCAACAUGCUUGAUUUUGCAGUAGACGUAGACUCAUUAGUCAAGUGGGUUUGCCAGCAGUUGCCUACAUCAGGGACACUGAGGAAAUCCAUGGUGGAUUGCUUUAGGGGACAGCCCAGUGCCAAGCUAUCCAACAUCGUCGAGAAAAUACCACAUGAGUUUGAGUUUCAAUAUUUGUUAGCAAUAUAG